AUGUCUCAAAAUGCUUUCGACCAAAAGAAACAGCAUAUACUGUCAGAGAUCCAGAGUGAUAGCCUAGACUUGUCACCUAAAGGAACCAUUGAUGAGCUAUGUUGGCCGAUAAUGAAUUUAAUAAACUCUCACGCAGAUAUGGUGACGACUUCUUCGUGCUCCGGCCGACUAAGUGUGUUUGUUGAGGGUCAAAAACUUCACAAUGAGGUAUUAAAGUCGGGAGGGAAAGGUGAGGGUGGGAAAUGGCUCUUUGUCUCUCACAACCAAAACGAAGUCCGUAAUUGGAUUCAGCGACUUAGUGAACCGAUACAUUGGGUAUCGGAACCCGAUAAUUCGCAAUUGGAUCCGACGUCAAGAUUGAUUCUGUACAAAUUUGAGCCAUUUAUUCUUCAUGUGAAAUGCCGGAGUUUCCAUAUAGCCAGUCAGCUCUUCAAUACUGCAAUGUCAUGCGGUUUCCGAGAGAGUGGAAUCGGCAGCAACAACAUCGUUGCAGUCCGGAUAAACAUCAAGCUUGAUGUGCCUAUAGGCUAUCUUGACCAAGAAACUAGAGAACUCAGGUUUUUUGUUAGCCCAGCUUACAUCAAAUUGAUAGAUGAAAUGACGCUAGCAAAAUACAAUGAAAAUGCCAGAAAGAUGCAAGAGCUGUUAAAAAAGAUCGACAGUCAGGUAAUUACCAUCAGUGAACAAGGAUCGGUAGACAAGCAACCUGCCGAAAGCAAAGAGGAGCGUCGCCAGAGAAAGCGUCGGGAGGGCCUUCUUCGUCAACAGCAGGCAUCGUAA